CACCGGCGUUCGGGGCUCCAUUAUGACAGCAGCUCCGGCCUUCUGAGCCCAGAAUGCUGGCCCUGGCCACAGCCCUCCUUUCAGAACCCCGGGACCAUGGCUGAGAAGCGCGUCGGCCGGGCUCUGAGCACUUCCCUCCGGAGCGACGAUCUCUUGAGCGACAUGGAGCUGCUGCCGGCGUCAGACCCCCCCACCCCCGGGCAGCAGGUGCCCUGUUCUCAGCCGGCUACCCCGUAUACCUCCAAAGUGACCACCCAGCUCUACGCCUCCCUUCAGCAGAGCAGACAGGCCGAGGCUCAGGCCCGUUCUCGCCUGGAGAGCCAGCACAGCUCAGCCCUGGCCCGGAAAGCCGUGGAGGCUGACGUCGAUCUGGAUGCUCUGGCGGAAGAGCUGAGCCACCGGCUUUCGGCCGGCGUGGAGGCCAGCGCGUUUAGGCAGGGUGCCGCGACUGAGUCCCGCCACAUUUCGGAGAUGGAGAACGUGCGGAGCCACCUACAGAAUAUGCUGCGGGGAUCCAGAGAUGCGCACGGGGGUCCCACUGCCAUGCUGGAGACCUUGGAGCGGAAAGAUGACUCUUUUGAGAGUGACAGCACGGCUGCUCUGCUCAAUGCCCGUCCUCUGCACGAAGUCUCCCCUCCGGGAUCCCUGACGGGCUUUGAGGAGCUGUUUCCCCGCUAUACCAGCCUGCACCUGGGCCACUUCCAUGAGCAGCCCCUGCACCUGGAUCCCCACUUGCUGAAAGACACGUUGGAGAAGGAGCAGGCCCGGCGGAAGCACUGCGAGCGGCACAUCCAGGCUGUCCAGAACCGUAUCCUGGAGUUGCAGCAGCAGCUGGCUGUGGCCGUCUCGGCUGACAAGAGGAAAGACGGCAUGAUAGAGCAGCUGGAUAAGACUCUGGCCAAGGUGGUGGACGGCUGGAACCAGCACGAGGCCGAGCGGACAGCGGCGCUGCGCAGGCUGCAGACCGAGAAGGAGGCUGCGGAGCAGGCCCUCGGGAGGCAGAAAGAGAAAAUAGCAGAGAUGGAAGGGCGCCUCCAGCAAGUCUCGUCUGCCCUCAGCCGAGAACAGCAGGUGGCCAGCCAGUGCUGCAAGGAGAAGGCGGCCUUGGAGGAGGAGAAGGCCUCUCUGUCGUGCAGGUUGGACAUGGAGCGCACCCGUGUGCAGAGCCUGGAGGCCGAGUGGGACCUGGAGCGGCGCCAGCAGGACGUCCUGCGUGCGACCCUGGAGGAUCAGCAGAGGAGUUGGGCCCAGCGGGAGAGGCAGCUGGAGCAGCAGCACCAGGCUGCGCAGGAGGAGAGCCGCGCCCAUCUCGAUAAGGAGAAGAUGGUGGCCCAGCGGGAAGCUCAGAAGGCUCUGGACGCUCAACGGGUCUUGGCCACGGUGCAGUCAGAAAUGCAGGGGCUCCAGGGAGAACUGGAGGCUGUGCGCCGCGACAGAGACACCCUGAAGAUGGAAAUGAGCUUGUUGAAGGCACGUUUCGAGGCCCAGAAGGCCAAGCUGGAGUCGGAGCUGAAGGUGGCCUUAGAGCAGCGAGUGACGGAGCGCCUGGCAGAGGUUCACGAGGACAGUUUGCGCCAAAUGAGCGCUACGCGGGAGCAGCACAGGAAGCAGCUGUUAGAACUGAGCAGCCACCAUGAGAAAGAGCUGGCCAAACAGCUCGCUCAGUUCAAAUCUGAUCUGGCCGAGAGGGAGGAGCGCCAGAAGCACCUUGCUGAGGACUAUGAGCAGAGGACCUCCAAGCAGCAGGAAGAGUUGCGGGAGCUAAAAGCGAAGUACCGGCGGCUUGAGGCCCAGCGAGCAGAGACGGUCAGCCAGUUCCAGGCCAUGAUGCAGGCGCACUGGAACGAGGCCCUGCGCCUCUUCGCCACCAGCAGCGCUUCCCUGCAGCCUUCUCCCAAAGCCCAGCGGCAGGAGGCUGUCGCUGAGCCAGAAGCCACCUCCAAGCCGGAGUUUCAGCAGCCCUCCUGUUCGCUGAAGAAGACCCAGAAGGCGGAGCCUCUCGGCAGCAAUCCGGGCGCGGGCGAUUGCAGGGAGAUGGCGUGGGCCAAGGCGGUGCCUCUUCAGCCCGUCGUCCAGCAGAGCCAGCUUCAGGGGGCUCCCGAAGGCUCCGAAAAGCCCGCGCAGGGUUCUUCCCGGCAUUUUCUUCCCCUGAUGCCCGACGUGGGCCGCCUCUCCUCCGAAUUCAGCCACGUUCUCAAUUCCAGCCUCCUCAGCCAGCAGGGCUUCCAGCAGCUGGACCCUCAGGUGGACACCACCGUUGCCGGAGCAGGUUUGAUUUUCCACCCGGAAAACCUCGCAGAACACCCCUUUGCAGAUGAGAGGGAUGACUCUGGUCCUGAGUUGGCUGGAAAUGAAAGUGAGGUCACUCAGCCCAGCACGGCAGAGAGUGGUGCUCAAGGGCCACAGCUGGACUUAAAUUAUUACAUGCGCCUGCUUCUGGACCGUACCACGUUUGAAAGCAAUGCUCCGCAGCAGGAGAGGUGUUCCGCAGACAGCCCACCAUGUACCACGAAUCGGAUGCAGAUGGGUAGUUCGCAGUCUUACCACGAACGGUCCACGGCCCUCUGGGAUCCGGCGCAGCCAUCCUUCAACACGAUUCGCAUCCAGCCGCCCAGCAGCGCCGCCGUCCACAAAACCAAAGUGCCGAAGGCCGGACCGGUGUGUUUAAGCCUGGAGCCAGUCAGUCCCUCCAAGCAGAAUGUCGCCCACGAGGAAGGGAUCCUGUCGCCAAAACACGUGGCGGCAGUCUCGCGCCUUCUGAAGCAGUACCAGGCCAAGGGGAGGCCGGUGCCCUCGACUGACGAGCUCUAUAAAUACUUACACGGUUUAGGCCAGAACGGUCCAGAAGCAAAAGGCGACGGGAGCCUGCCAGCACGCCGGAACCUUGAUCCCAAAUUGACCGAAUCGAUGAGAAAAGAGGGCCCCCCCAGCCGGCGGUCGGGCAGCUCAGGACCCGGGCGCGAGAAGUCACAUGCGGCUGGGAAGGCCGGGAAGAAGCUUUCCGGUUCGCUGGCCUCCCACCCUCGCAGCAGCAGAGGAGGAGGCGCCUGGAGAUAACGGCUUUGCGGCCGGGCCGUCUCUCUUUGACCCAGUUUGCCAUUUUGUCUCCAUCUCUUGCCCGGUUUGAGGAAAAUGCCUUUUGUCACCAGCUUUACUAUCAACUCAGCUAGGAAUCUAAAAUACUGCCUAAAAUAAGGCUGAGAGCGGUCCUGCAGAAGUUUGUUUUACUUGAACGCUUUGCCUCGCUCUCACAGAGGCAGAAAUGGGAGUGACAGGAGAGGCGUCCGUGUUUUAAAAUUCUUCUCAACGGGAGAUGCUGCCAGACCCUUGUAGGACCCAGCUCUCAGGGUCUCUGCGUCUCAUCCUUUUGCGUUCCCCUGUUCCCUUCCUGAGGUCUGUCUCUCCAGUCCAUUUGCUGAAGAAAUCCUGGGAAAGAAGGCUGCUUCCCCUACAGCUUAGUUCCACGUGUCCCCAAGCAAGAUGCUCUCUAGUGUGAACUUAUGGGAUACGCACCUCCUGUCUUCCUAAAACCACCUGUGCUCCUUCCCCUGAUAUUUCCCUGCAUCCUGACACUGGUUGGAGUGCUUUCUUCUGGAUGCGCAGUUUUAGAAACACCUGGCUUAGCAUUAUAUGUUCGCUCUUUUUUGCAGAGUUAAUUAUUUUUGUAAAAAGUUAUUUUCUAAAUAAAUGGAAUUGUGAGUUAUUUUUAAGCAAAGGACUCCCCCCCCCCCUU